ACUUCCAAAGAAACAGUAGUGAAAGCCGUGAAACAGGCAAGGCAAGGGGAAGAAGCGCAGUUCUGAAGCUAGCGGAACCAUCGUCGUCGUUCAGUGAACCCAGAAAAAUGCAAAAUCAAGCUUCACUCGCAGCUGCAUCAGCCUCGCCUGCAUUUCCAUCUUCAUCCUUCAAUUUCAGAGACCCCAAAUCAACUCUGCUCAUUCUACUUUCCAUCUCACUUCUCUCCAUUCUCCUCAUCGUUUCCCUUUCUUCGUCUUCCUCGACCCCUUCCCAUUCUGGACCUGACUCCUUUCUCUUUCCCUCCCACCAAACCCAACGCAUCAUCUUCGACAAAACCACUCAAUCCGAUCCCUCCCCUCCCUCCAUAGCUUACCUUAUUUCUGGAUCCCGCGGCGAUUGGACUCGGGUCCUCCGAUUGCUUUUCGCCACAUACCAUCCCCGCAACCACUACCUCCUCCACCUCGACCCCUUUGCUCCUCACGAAGAUCGUGAGAGGCUUGCUCUCGCUGUACAGUCUAACCCCAUAUUUCGAGCUGCCCAAAACGUCGACGUCAUGGGCAAGCCGGACUUUGCGCAUUCCAAAGGGUCAUCUCCGGUUUCUUUCACGCUCCACGGGGCCUCAAUACUGCUACGCUUGUCGGUCAAAUGGAAUUGGUUUAUCAGCCUGAGUGCUGAUGCUUAUCCCCUUGUUACACCAGAUGAUCUCCUCCACAUUUUGUCAUUUCUGCCCAAGGAUGUGAAUUUUGUGAACCAUUCGAGUUAUAUCGGCUGGAAAGAGUCAAGGAAGUUGAGGCCCAUUAUUGUUGAUCCGGGCCUUUAUCUUUCAGAGGGGACUGAAAUGUUUUUUGCUACUCAGAAGAGGGAUUACCCCAACGCCUUCCGCUUGUUUACGGGAUCACCAUUUUCUAUCUUGAGUCGCAAGUUUAUGGAUUUUUGUGUAUUGGGAGAAGACAACCUCCCAAGGACUCUACUGAUGUAUUUUGCAAACUCCCCUAAAUCACUUUCCAGCUAUUUCCCUACGGUUCUCUGUAAUUCUCGCAGAUUCAGCAGGACUAUUGUAAAUCAGAACUUACUAUAUAAUACUUUUGACAAACCUUUCAUAGAUGAACCCCGGGUGCUAAACACCAGUGAUUUGAAUGACAUGGUUAACAGUGGAGCUGCCUUUGCCCGAAAAUUCCAGCCAGAUGAUUCGGUUCUUGAUCUCAUUGAUGAAAAAAUUUUGGGCCGAAGCCCUGAAUCAGUUGUGCCUGGUGGAUGGUGCCUGGGUGAGCCUGGGAACGGGACAUGUUCAAUAUGGGGAGAUGCUGAUAUAUUGAGACCAGGUCCAGGAUCUCGAAGACUUGAGAAAGCAAUUGUUGAGUUGCUGUCAAAUGCCUCCAUGAAAGAGAAGGUACAAAGGCUUGGAAGAAUCAACUGAUUGCGUCCUUCUUGUUCCUCUUGGAAAUCUUGUAGCAAGUUAUAGUCUGUGCUGGAUAGAAGCUAUAGGUAUGAUUACUAAUUCUUUUAGAGCAGUUAAAUUUUUGCUAAUUCUGGAUGGCAAAUUUAAUAUGUAUGCCAAAUUUAUGUGUGGAGUUGGGUGCUUUCUCUUGGCAGAUAUAUAUUAUUUUGAUUGUUACAUUGUGAAAAAUGGAUUAAUACACCAUAGUUGAGUUUUACACCCA